UAUUUAUACCUGGGACAUGAUUACGCAAAAAUCAUGCAUGAAGCAGUCGUAGGGCAGUGUUUUCAACGCGUUGCUGUGCUCAAAAUGGCGGACAUCAAUUCAGGAGGUGAUGCUAAUGACAUUGUGGAACCAAUGGAGUUCCAGGAGGAGGAAUUGGCAAAGUCAAGCUCAAGUAUAGCAGAGACUAAAUUUGACAUGACAAUCGGCCAUAUAGAAGACAUUAUUAUGGAGGAUGAGUUUCAGAGACUACAGAAUGAGUUUAUGGAGAAGAACUACCUUCACUUUGAAGACACAGAAGAGAACAAAUUCAUCUACACAGACAUCUUCAAAGAAUAUAAUCUCUUGAUUGAAAAGUACAUUGAGGACCAGCUGACAGCAAGAAUACCGGGCUUUGAUAUGAAAGACUUCUCAAAACAACUGGAAAAGAGGAAUAAUCUUGAAGGAGAGAUCUUUGAGAUCCUGCUGACGUUCACAGACUUCAUGACAUUCAAGGAGAUGUUCCUGGAUUUCAGAGCAGCAAAAGAAGGCAGGACAGUGGACCUUAGUGCAGGAUUCGUAGUCACCCCAUUCUCUGUACCAGAGACCAGUGCACAAGCCGCGACGCAAGGGGUGAAACAAGGGGUGACGCAACCCACCACAAACUCACCCGACACAUCACAGCAAGGCCCAUCAUCGUCAAAAUAGCCUUAGUGAAGUCGGCAGUUUUAGGUGCUCAGAAUUUUUUUCUUUUUUUAGCUUAGUGUAUUUGACAUUGAUGACACCUUGAGUCAGUCCCCAUUUUGUUCGUCUUAUUUGACCACAGAUUUUGAUGUGCUGACAUUAUUUUUAAUGUAGAUUUGUUGUAAAUAUAACCGAGCCAAACUUACUGGCACAUUUGCAGAAGUUGUACACCAGAACUUGUCCUCAAAUGGUAUUCCAUUGAUGUAAUGGUCGUUUUAGAUGCAUCACUCGUCAUUUUUUAGCCUUUUUAUUACCAGCUGAAGGCAUUUCAUAUUGAUAUUGCUACAAAUUCUUUUUUGCUUAUUUAAAUUCUCUCAAAUGUUUUUGUAUCUUUGUUUGUUAUGGCAGCCAGUUAAUGAACUUAAGUUUUGUGAGUCUUAAACUGACAUUACAUCAAAUGGAUAUUGUAAAUAAAUGGGAGAAAACACAUCAAUUCAGCUCGGUUAUUUUUUUCUGUAUGAUUGCGUGAAAAGUUUUGAUGAAAAUUGUAUUUCUCUUAAAUGUUGUCUAAGUAGGAUUACCAAUAAUAAUUCAGCAUAUUGCAGCACAUACAAUUAAUUACUCGUUCACAGCUCAAGCUUAUAGAUUGUCAUCUCCAAUGAUCAAAUGUAUACAAAAGUCUGGCAGCUGUUCAAAUAUCCAAAAUUUGAAAAACGUUUGAAUUGAGAUACGGUGCGAAAUUAUGAUUACAUUCUCAUUGCAGAUAUUUUUUAUCAAACUGUGAAACUACAUGUACAUCUUACCAGUGAUUGUAUUCUAGCAUUUUCAGUAAAAAUUGGCCAAUUACAAAAGUACUUAAUUACAAAAAUUCCAACUGUACUUACGUCUAUGCUUAUACAUGUACUAGUUACCCUGUACAUAAUUCUAAAGAAUCUUUUGGAAAACCUUUUUUGAAAUAGUAUUCUGUGAUUGUUUGAAAGUACUUGUAUUCAUGCGUUAGCAGUUCGGAACACUUGAUUAGUAUGUUAAUGUAUAAUGGUUUACAGCAUUCUUUUUGAGGCCGUCGUCAAAUUUGUUCAGUUUUUCAGAUAGCAUGAGUUUGGUUUUCAGAUAGCAUAGAGUUUGGUUAGCCAUUUUAAAGCUUUCCAAACAUAGACAACCAGACCUACAGUGGGAACAUGUGCAACAUUUAACACCCAUUAUCAAUAAACUUUAUUGAAUGUGAUGCGAGAUUUUGCACGAUGCCGAGUACAACUUUGAAGAAGUUCAUGGAUUCAUCAUAUGAAUCCAUGAGACAAACUCUAAAGGAAAAGUAUGAUUUGGAUAAUAUUCCUAUUUCUUUAAGAACAUACUUUUCUUUAAGAGUCAAUUUGGUCUAUCUGCAAACUUUUCCUAAGUAAACUGUUCUUCUGUACAAGCCUUCUAUCAUUCAGCUGUUAUAAGAAAACCGUGUUGUCUAAUUCAGAUACAUGUAUCAUUUACAACUUUACAAGGCAACAUGGCAAUUGUAAUAUUUAUUUGUAUAUAAAGUGUUACGUUGACAUUUCAGAAUUAAAUGAAUUGUGAAUUUCACACAA